AACGAUUGAACCAAAGCGCGCGCUCUCUCUCUCUCUCGUUUUCGACUCGGAAUUGCUCGAAUUCAAUCAAAAGUUGCUUCUUUCUCUUUCUGGGUGUUCGAUGGAUGCGCUAACGUCGAAGAUGGCGUCUUUGUCGGCGAGCUUGACCUCCGUUUCUACGCCCAGAUCGAUCGAUUCGAGCAAUAAGCUCUGUUACGGGCUCCAAUUCAAUGGAAGAGGACGACCCACGAAGCGAGUCAGUGCGGUCGCGCCGGUGCCCAACGGUUCUGCUUCUUCUCGACCUGCUUCCGAGGGGGCUGAAUCAAGGUCUGUUGCUGAUACACAUAAAAGAAGAAGCAGUCUUGAAUCGCUAUUCUGUUAUGAUAAGCCUAUUCCAGAAGAGAGGAUUGAGAAGCCGGUUGGUUUGUCUUUAGAAGAAAAAGUAAUCGGAGAUAAUCUUCGAUGUGAUGAUUGCCAGGCGAAAGGUGCAGUCCUCUGCUCCACUUGUUCAGGUUCUGGACUAUAUGUUGACUCCAUAAUGGAGAGCCAGGGAAUCAUAGUCAAAGUUCGCUGCUUAGGUUGUGGUGGAACUGGCAAUAUGAUGUGCCCGGAAUGUGGCGGUCGAGGUCAUCUUGGAGCUAAUUGAGUUUCAUGGUUUGUUUCUCCUGUGGCUCUUCUGCCAAAUCUUGUCCAUUGUGACUUUCAUUAUGAAAUAGCAAAAUUCAUGGACAUAUUUUUUCGUAA